AGUUUACAUUCAGCAUUUUUUUAUACUGAUGUACUCUGUCAAUGUCCACCCCUCCGCUUACAAGUGAUUAGUGUUGGACUAAAUCAUUAAUUCAGUUUUGGAAUUUGAAUCCAUCCCAGUCCAGUCAGUUUACUUAAAUCUACCUACCUCUAUUUGUUUUUUAAUUUCUAUAUUUGGUGUUUGGGUCAAUAAGCAAAUCAGAGAUUCUCUCCAUCGUCAUUAAUGUGAUCAAAGGAAUAACUUUGUUAAUCUGACUAGAUAUCUGCUAAUGGAAUAUUUGUUGGGAAGAAUGAAAAAUAGCUUAUUGUUCAACUGUACAUUUUGUGUGUUCAGUUUUUUUUAAAGAAUUACACCCAAAACAUGUAACAAAUGAAGAUGAGAGAGUAAGAGUAUACAAACGUUGUCUAAAAAGAAAAAUUAGACAUGUUUUGAGGAAAUUAAAUGUGCCAUAAAUAUGAUAUUUACAUUUUGUUUAAAUACUUGAAAUAUUCUGACCAUAUAGCAAACACCUCAUGGUGAAACCUGUCGACUAUGAUUUUUGGGAGGAAACUUCUACACAGUAUAAAUGCAGAACCACAGAGACUUACAAAUGAGCCUAUGUGAGAACUGAGUUUUUAAGUAGGCUGUGCCAAUAGAGGUAAGGUCCAAAACUUAGAAACACUGCAAAUAGAGUGCAUAAAACCACAGACAGUAACAUGCCCUCCCCCCCCCAAAAAAAAAGAAAAGAUAAGAAAAUAUUACAUAGUCAGUUCAAGCGUUCAAAUAAAUAUGUUAAUAAUCGAGCAUACACAAACAUUUAAGAACGAAAACCUACAUAAACUACAAAAAUACAGACAUGCUUGGUGUGUUUGUUUAGUUUUGUUGACUGGUCUGAUCACUAACUGGCACUUACUUUUCUGUACUUGGCUGAAAUUAUUCUUAUUCUUAUUUUUAUUGUUAUUAUUAUUAUUAUUAUUAUUAUUAUUAUUAUUAUUAUUAUUAUUAUCUUAACUCUUUCCAUUGUCUCUUUGAGUGCACACUAUAUCGAUUAGCUUGCCUAAAUUUUAUGUGUAAAGUAGUAGGCAGGCAUUGUGUACCUUGCCAAUAGCGAGAGCAAACAGUCUUUAGGUGAGUGUGAUACAGACCCGGGUGAUGCAUACAGUUUAUUAAAUCGCAAUAAAGUUUUAUGGCACAAAAUAUGUAAUAUAAUUUUAGCGCCGUUUCAAAAAUAGAUGUGUCUUGCAAUUUAACCGGCCUUUAUAUCAUUCCUUAGGCACUGAAAACAGACAGAAAAGACGGGAAAAUCGGUAGCACAUCAUAACAGAGUAACCGCCAUUCGCAAUGCGCAGUGAUACAUUUGAUGUCAUUACUUGUCCAGUACUGUUUCACGCAUCAGCACAGGAAACCUCGCACUUCGCCAGGCAAACGGGAUACUGUGUUACAAACUCGCUGUUUUCUUCAUGGUAAUUGCGUAAUAAAGAAAAAAAGUGCAUGAAGAAAUGGAAAUAUGCCGAAAACUGGGAAGUACUUCGCGUGCAAUCACUAAUUCACGUCCCAGUUCGCAUCAGCAACUUCUUAAACGGGAAUUGAGAUGCCCUGAUUCUGUUGUUAUUUAAUGAAAACAACUGUAUUUUAUUUUUAUGUUUUUUUUUUUUUGAAAAAGUUGCACAAUUGUUUCCGUCGCUGUUUUGCAGAAAAACACACCCAUUAAUGAGGUCAUCGAUUUCACGUAAAUUUAUUGGAGGAAGGAGAGUAGGUGGUCCCAUUUAAAAUGUACGUCACUCGUGAGGAAGAAACAUUUUCUCUGGUGAUGUCCGUUUCGUGUGUUUAGUCAACAAGAGGACGAUUUACCUGCGUUUCCGCACAUUUCAAGGUGUUUCAGAGUUACGGAAGCUUCACGAUGAUGCACCAUCUCAAACAGUCAUGCGGGACAGGGUACGUUUCCCUGAGUUUCUUUCUUUCUGCUAUCGUGAAUACUGCGUCUUCAAUCACCCAUUAUUCUAUUCCUGAAGAAAUGGAGGAAGGUUCUGUUGUUGCAAAUUUAGCAACCGACCUGAGGUUAGAUGUGAAGACGCUGAAUGAAAGAAAAAUGCGCGUGGACGUAGUAGCUAACAAAAAAUACCUCGACAUUAACAAGGUAACGGGGGAGCUGUUCAUUUUAGAAAGGAUUGACCGUGAGUUUUUCUGUCCAUCGAAGACAACAUCAUACUGCGUUCUUAAAUUAGACGCUACUAUCGAGAAUCCAGUGCGAAUGUUUAAUAUUGAGGUGGAAAUAACGGACAUUAAUGACAACGCUCCACAUUUUCGGAGGGGGACGAUGCAUUUGGACAUUUCUGAAUCGAGUCCAGUGGGGGAGAGAUUCUCACUGAAUAAUGCUGCAGACCCAGAUGUCGGAACAAAUUCUGUGAAAAAUUACCAUCUGAGCUCAAGUGAACAUUUCUCAGUUGAAAUUCAGACCGGGAGAGACGGGACAAAGUUUGCAGACUUGAUUUUAAAAAAACCUUUAGAUAGGGAGAAGCAGGCUGUUCAUAAUCUAAUACUCACUGCUGUGGACGGUGGAGUUCCCACCCGCACAGGUACAGCCAGCAUCAUUGUUCGCGUGCUUGAUGUCAACGACAACGCCCCUUCUUUUGAAAAAGCAAAAUAUGUCGUAGAUGUGGUGGAAAACUCUCCAAUUGGCAGUCUAGUAAUUAAACUGAAUGCCACUGAUUUAGAUGAAGGAUCCAAUUCUGAGAUUGUUUAUUCAUACAGUUUGUAUACAUCAGAAAGGACCCAAAAGAUGUUUAACCUGAAUCCAGAAAAUGGUGAGAUCAGAGUCAAAGAGAUGAUAAAUUAUGAAGAUUUAAAACUUUAUGAAAUGGAAAUUAUAGCCAGUGAUAAGGGACCUAACUCAUUAUCUGGACAGUGUAAACUUACAAUACAGGUGACAGAUAUGAAUGAUAAUCACCCAGAAAUAUCAAUUAAAUCAUUUCAAAGCCCAAUAAAAGAAGACACACCCACGGACACAGUGAUAGCUGUAGUUAGUGUCAGUGAUAAAGAUUCAGGUGAUAAUGGAAUAGUUGAUCUUCAUAUUCCAGAUAAUAUGCCUUUCAAACUGAGGGAGUCCUCUGAUAACUAUUAUGAAUUAGUAGUGUCGGAGCCAUUAGACCGUGAGAAGGUGCCAGAAUAUGACAUCACUUUCACUGUGACAGACAGAGGCUCUCCUCCUUUAUCUGACAAUGAAACUAUGACUUUAGAGCUGCUGGAUGUUAAUGACAAUGUCCCACAGUUCCCCCAGUCAUUUUAUACUAUACGUGUCAUGGAGAAUAACGCACCUGGGGCCUUGCUCAGCUCACUCACUGCCUUUGACCCCGACCUCCAUGAAAACCAGUAUCUAGUUUAUUUCAUAAUAGAGAAGGAGAUAUCCAACACUUCCAUGUCCAUGCUGUUCUCCAUCAAUCCAGAGAACGGUAAUCUUUACGCACUCAAAACCUUUGAUUAUGAGAUUGAGAAGGAGUUUCUGUUCCACAUUGAGGCCAGAGACUCUGGCUCUCCUCCUCUCAGCAGUAACGUGACCGUCCACAUCAUUAUUGUGGACCAGAACGACAAUGCUCCAGUCAUUGUGUCUCCGUGGCGUGCACACGGCUCUGUGGUGGAGGAAAAGAUCCCCAGAUCCACUGAUAAAGGAUCCCUGAUUGCAAAGGUGAUAGCGUUAGAUACAGACUCUGUGCACAACUCUCGGAUCACCUACCAGUUUCUACAGGUGACUGACGCCACCUUGUUUAGUCUGGACCAAUACAACGGAGAGAUCCGGACUAUGAGGAUGUUCAGUUACAGAGAUCCACGCCACCAGAGACUUGUUGUUGUAGCCAAGGACAAUGGAGAGCCUGCUCUCUCUGCUACAGUCACCAUCAAGCUGACCACAAUGGAGACUGCUGUUAAAGCCUACUCUGACAUGACUGAGGAGCCUCUGGAAUAUGACAUCUUCUCAGACAUCAACCUGUAUUUGGUCAUCGGUCUGGGCUCGGUGUCGUUUCUGCUGCUCAUCACCAUAUUGGUCACCAUCGUGAUCAAGUGUCAGAAACCCAAGCCCAGCAAAGCAGCUCCUCCCUCCAGGAACAGUGUGAUCAGUGAGAGGAACUCCACCAUCGCAGACUCCACUCUGGUCUCUAACGAUGCCUACUGGUACAGUCUGUUUCUAGCAGAGACCAGGAAAGGAAAGCUGGUGGUUAGACAGCCUCUGCCAAAGGGCUCCAGGUACAUUGUGUCCAGCAUACCGAGAGGGACAGGACUGACAGACACUAGUGACUCAGCAGCUUCUACUCUGCAGUACCCUAAAUGAAGGAAGUCCGCUCUGCAGUUGGAGGCAUCCACAACCAGCAGCAGCAGUUCCACAUAAGACCCCCAUCCACCUGCAGCGUACAGGAUUAACACUGACAAGAAUGGCUUCACAGAGGAAAGAAGAAACCUCUAACCAUAUAUCCCCCUCCAGGUCUGUCCUGCUGAGUCUGUAAAAACAUGGCCCAGUGCUUUGUCUUUGAACCCAUGAAAAGACAGUCAACAAUGCAUCCCUGUCCAUUCAGUAUGCAUGAUAAGACAGCAUGGUUUCAACCACACUUCAACUGUCAUAUAUUAAAAAGAAAAUUUCAAGAGGAGAUGCAAUGAAAUGGACUAUCUGAAAAACUGUGCCAGUGGAUAUUAAAAGAAGCCACAUCAAAGAGUAAAAAAGUGGACAUGGAAAUGUUGAAAUGCCUUGAAAAUACACUCUCUCUCUCUCUCUCUCUCUCUCUCGCUCUCUUCAAAAAAUGAAACGCAUAAGAUAUCAUAUUUUUAACUGCUCUGCUUUGUCUUGGUCCACUACAGCUUUGUUGUAUGAUAAAUAGGGUAACUAAGGCGUGAAAUAGCACAAUUAACUAAACAUCAGAAAAGCACCAACCUACAGUUUCAAUGUAUGAAAUAAGAGAAAAUCAGUAUUUUGUAAAUGUGGUAACUUUGAGUACUUUUAUGUUUUGUACUUGACUUUGUGCUUUAUAUGUGAACUGGGCCUGAAGAUACUGUAUGACUUAGAGUGCUGAGAGAUAAGAUCAAUAAGUGUACAGAACAGAAAAGAUCAAGGCCUUUAGCCAUUAUGCCUUUAAGUUGUUUUUGCAUGGAAGACUUCAAGUACUUUUGACAGCUUUAGUUAUUUUAUUAUAUUAAGCAACAUUUUUGCAGUUAAGUCUCACUGUUUCACUUGAUUUUUCCGAACAAUAUGGAAAGAUUUUAAUGGGACAAUAAUGGCAGUAAAUCAGUAUAACACCUUUUAAUCAUGAUGUCCUAAGAGGUUUAGAAGAUGUCAAAAAAAUCUAUAAAACAGCACAAUGACAUUGCUUUGGACUCAGAAAAUGAUUUAAUCAAAGCCUAAAUUAAAAUGUGCAAUGUCGCUUAUUAUUUAUUUUAUGUGCUCCUCCAGAAUGAGGCUUGGAUUUUAAAUGCAACGUAAGUGAAUACAGUGAGCCUUUAGCACUCUGUACAGUAUAUGCACCACAAACAUGAACAUGUACAGUCACCUGUCAAUGUCUAGAUCCAAGUUCUGGCUGUUCCUUCAUUUUGAUGUCUUCUGCAGUGUUUAAAACCGAAGAACCAAACAUGUUCGUUUAAUCCUUACACUUCAGAAACAAUGUUGUUAUGGUUGAUUUCACUCAGUGAAAGCUGUUCUAAUGUUUAUCACUGACUAACUGUAUGUAUAUGGAUAUGCAUAUGCAGCACCUUAUCUAGGAUACAGAUAUAAUUCAUAUAUAAAGUAUCUCAUUUGUAUGUAUCUAUGAAUAUGCCUUUCAUUUUCAGUACCAGUGCUUUUGCAACUUUUAAUGUGAAAAAAGUGGAACUCCUGUGCCAUAAGAUUUAUGACCCCAACUAGUAUGUUUAGCACAGCUCAUAAAGCAUUACUUUUGAGAAGCUCAAAUAUCUUAAAAACAUAUGCAGUAAGGGCCUUUGUACAGUGGUACUUUUAUGGUGCAAUAUAUGGUAACUUGUGUAAUGUGAGCUAACUGUGAUCUGUGGUUUGGUCUGUAAGAUUCAUUAAAUACGAAACAGAAUAAACUAAAAGGCAUUUAGUACUCAUUUUGGAUAGCUGGAUUAUUUAAUAAUUUUUUCAAAUGUAAUACAUUUUAAGCAACACUCGUCUAACCAUCUAACUGGAUAGUAUCGAGAGAGAGAGACACACACACUCGUCUGUUAUAAUUAAAUGCAUUAAAAUGCCAAAGUGCAAGUUCCUCUCCCAUCUUUGUAAACUUGUCAACCAACUCAGUCAAAUUUCUCUACAGUA